AUGCUCGUCGAGCAGGGGGCGCAACACGUCGUGGUGCUGUGCAACUUCAAGGAACAGGGCAAAGACAAGUGUCACCCGUACUGGCCACGCGUCGUGGGCGAGACCCUCGUGCACGGAAUCUAUACCGUCCGCUUGAUCAAGAGCGAAAAAAUGCAAUGGGAGCGCGCGUCGAGCGCGGACGUUACCUUGUACCAGCUCGUCGUCGAAGUAGAUUGCGUCGUGGUGCACUCGUUCCAGCUGGCUCACUGGCAGAACUGGCCAGAUCGUUCGGCACCGCAGCCCGAUUCGGCGCUGCUCGAGCUGCUGUCCCGCAUCUCUGAUACCAAGAAGCCCAUCGUUGUCCACUGCUCUGCUGGUGUCGGGCGCACUGGGGUUUUCGCCCUCACGAUGAUGAUUAUUGAGAGGCUUCAGUCGGGCCACAAGGAGACGAUCGAGUCAGCCUUCAACCUCAUCGGCUUGCUCCGCGAACUGCGCAGUUAUCGAGCCAAUUCUGUGCAGACGGUGGCACAAUACCUCUACGUCAUCCAGAUCAUCCUUACGAAUUGCCUCCAGUCGGGGAUCCUGGAGGACAGCUUCCGCGACGAGGUCAACUCCUUCACCAUCGAGGGCCUGAAGGUGGCGUGC